AGCCGCAGGAGAAGGAUGAAUGGAGCAGCUGGACCUUCGCAUAUUGACAGCCGCGAGCGAGUUCUCAAGUUAGGGGGCAGUUUUGAGACACAGCGUCGCGGGCGCCUUCCACACUGUGCUCUAACUGAAAGCAGAAGUAGUCUAAUGGACCAGAUGAGUAGUUGUGAUAGUUCAUCAGAUUCCAAAAGUUCAUCACCUUCAAGCAGUGAGAAUAGUGCCAGUGAUUCAGAAGGUGAAGAAUGCACAUCCUCUCCUUCUGAUCCAGGGAACUAUGUCUGAGAACACCCUAUGCAUGUCUACUUUGCCACAAUGCAGGAUUCCUGAGAGAGUGGCUCAUCAGAAUAAACAUCAUGACAACAAUGGCCUGAUGAAUGCUCUAA